AUGAACAACUUUCGUGCUGCUGCUCCUGAUGACCUCAAUGUUUCUGUGCUGUUGGACCAGGAAAAGGCAUAUAAUCGAGUAAACCCCACGUAUCUGAGGAUAGUACUCCAUCAGUUUGGCUUUCCCGCCUCGUUGGUAGAGAGUGUGUCAAGCCUGUUCUUUGGAACACAUAUCUCACUGUCUAUCAAUGGCUGGUUGGGUGCUCCCAUCCAACAACAGCGUGGCCAUCGUCAGGGCAAUCCUCUAUCGCCUUUGCUUUUCAAUCUUGCAUUUGAGCCUUUCCUUCGAACCAUUCUAGCGUGCUCAGAGUUACGAGGUAUGGCCAUGUCUACCGAUGGACGCCCUCGGAUUGCUGAACGGAUGGAGGUUGCUUCCUCUCAAAUUCCUCGUGCUACCUCUGAUGAUUUCUUGCGUGCUCCUGUGCUGCCUCCUCGUGUCAAGCUGCUCAGUUAUGCCGAUGAUCUGGAAGUCUUCCUGGCGGAUCCGAGGGAAUGGCCAGUGCUAUUGUCUCUACUGUCGCUAUAUGGUCAAGCCUCCAAUGCAAAAGUCAACCUGGACAAAACAGUUCUUGUGUCGCUGUCUGGCCGAAGCCACGACGAGUGGAAGCAGCUGGCAGCUGUCACUAACAUCGAAUGGUAUGAUGAAUCGUCGACCGGCUCUGUUAGAUUCCUUGGAUACCCACUGUAUCACACAAAGGGACAGCUGGGUCAUUUCUUGGAUGCGAUUACCGUCAAGCUGCAGCGUCAGUGCAAUUUGCUGGCGAAGAGGAACCUGUCCAUCCGUGGUACGGGCUUGGUGGCUCAGAAAGGUUUACAUGCCAAAAUACGAAGGCUUGAAAGCUGGUUAAUUUGA